UCUGUUUAUAUGAUUCUUGUUCUGCUUGCGCUUCUCAGUAUGCUCACAUUUCUGGGUACAAAGAGACGCUGCUUUCUUUAUUUGGCUGCUGCUUUUUCUAUUUCAGUGGGAAUAUAUUUGGGAAUUUACCGUACUCAGAUUAGGAAAAAAUUCAAUAUUAGGGAUAGCGAGAGUUCUUUCGAUGAUUGUGUAUACCAUCUCAUUUGCCCAUGUUGCUCCUUGUGCCAGGAAUCUCGAACACUAGAGAUGAAUAAUGUUCAAGAUGGCAUCUGGCAUGGUAGAGGUGAUACAAUAUGCAUAGGAAGCUACUCCGAAGGUGGUGGUAAGGCACUUUUUGAGCGAAAUCCACCUCCUGUUAUGUCAAGACAGUCUCCAGAGCCCCAGUGUAUUUCAAAAGCUACAGAUGAGAGCAGUCAUGUAUGGGCUGCUGAAGUUGGUCAAACUUCUCCCCUGGUUUGACCAGCUGCUGAACAAUUGUAACACUCAGAAUUAGCUAGCUAGCUCAGACAGAAAAUCGAAGCUUCAGAUUAAUGUCGCACAAAAGCGAGGUGGAAGCAUGAGAUUCAUUGCGCUGCUUGGUCUCGAGCGCAGCCUUCUUGUGGAAGAGUGGUGAAAGAUUUUCAGGUGAUUGAGUAGGUAGAUAAAGAUUACAUCCGAACUUUCUGAGAGUGGGGGAAUUCUUCAAGAAAAAGACCCUCAUCUCAUGUGUAUAUAUGGUUUCCACGAAAAUGUUGUAAAAAGAAAAAAUGUAUCUUUAAUUCAUUAUUGAAUAUCAUUAGAUUUCUGGUCGUUGGUCUCGAAAUUGAUCAGCUAAAUGAAGGGUUCUUUGAAUCUAUCCUAUGCAACUCUGUAACUCCUGUGCUGAAGACCAGCAUCGUCGUGUAAAUACUUUGCAUUUCUGGCUUUGUCGU